AUGAUGAAAACAGACAUCCUAUUCAGUUCUCAAGAACUGCGAUUCUCUCGUGCACAAAAACAGGCGAUCCUAUCAUGGGGUCGUGAUCUUGGUGCCGAGAAUGUCCCGUCACUAUACAAGAUCGAAAAAUUCCAGGCUGAGGCUUUGGAGGCCUGCGGAAAUCCAUCGAAACGUGUGCAAACCUCUACAGGUCAUAUCUUCUAUCAGAAUUCAAUGCAUCAUCAUGUCAUGCAGCAAUACGCGCACCCUGACGUCCGGCCCUAUCUCAAAGCCUACCCCGUCUUCGCAGGCGGAUGUGUUUCAGAGACCUAUCAUAGCUCUAAGUGGCUCGUAGACGCACCUGGUUCUCUGCUCACGCCUAUGGUCCGCGUUGACGACCGAGACUUCUAUGUUGACGAGUUGACGUACUGCAAUGAUGGACAAUGGUGCAUUCCGGUGCGAUUUUUUGAGUUUGAGGGCCAGGGGAUGUGGGCAGUCUGCCAUAAAGUCGAGAUGACUGAGGUGGGUGCUUUGGAAAAGCUCUGGUGCGCUUGUAAUGUAUCUGUAACAUUUGCAUACGUGACCCGUAGGACGGUCUGGUGGUGCACGAAGAGCGUCAGUUCAUGCCGUGCGCAAAAUUUCAAGACAACUGGCCAGAGAUAG